CAUUUAUAAAUCUUCCAGUGCUCAAGUUAAACAAUGCCAGAAUAAACUCCAUAUUGGCGAUAUAUUGUAGCAGUGAGAUAUGCUAUAUGUUUAGCGACAUGACUAACAAUGACUGUUUCUGAAUUAGUCAGGACGUAGGGAUAUUACAUGAAGAGAAACCUAGAAUGUACAAAUGUGUGGAAUUUACGAAUAUGUGAUUGUAGAAAGAGGUCAAGCGGUUUCUUUGCCACUUUACUUUAGGACUAGAGAUCUUCAUCACCUACUCUAGCUUGCUUAUUACCAAAUUGUAAUUUAUGUCGUGAUUUCUAGAUUAUCAGGAAUGAGUUGAGGGGAUAUUUUCACAUGCUACAUCCCCUGGAUUCUAACAUGUUCUGAAGCAGAAUAAUCCACCAUAACCAUGAUAACCCAUACUGUGCAUAGCAAGAGCUAUACAUCUAGCCUACAAAUCCCAAUGAGUUCUGGAUGAUCAUGUUUGACUGACUGACUGAUUGGUGUCAUCACACCCUGAAACGUAUCAUUGGUCAUCCUGUCGGAAACUGGACAAUCCGUUCCCACGGAGAUCUGUACCUUGUAUAGUUUGGCGGACUUGUACACAAAUGUUGGAUAAUUCAUGCUUAUACCCACCUGUACCUAAUCAACUGGAUGACACGUACCUCAAAAAGCAUUUUCGUACACAUUGAAAGUUAUAUGAUCUUAAACGUUAUUUCACUUCUAGUUUUAUCUGUAGCAAUGACCUGGAAAUGAUAUUUGACAUCUUGCUAUCAUAUCAACUCGUUACAAAUGCAACGAGUAUGAAAAUAAAUGGGUGUGGAUCCACCCAAAUUUGUGUAUGGGCCUCCAUAUUUGUGUACAGAUCAUCCAAACAGGUGUACACAGACAAAUAAAGAAUGAAUACUCCAAAUCAGGUACGGGUUGUACAGGUAGUUUAGGUACAGGCUAGCCUUUUUCGGUGGUUAUGAACCUCCGUGUGUACGGAUUGUCCUGUUUCCAUCCUGUCAACUGCAGGUUUACCUGACCGAGGCUUGAUUGUUAAUUUAUGUAAUAUAGCAUUAUGUAACUGACUGGUGUAGACAACAUUCACUAACCUACAUUGCAGUGUUCAUCGUUUGAGUUAAUAUUAUGAUGUUUACAACAUGUCAAGGAUAAUUCCUUCCUUCCUUUUCAACGCCUUAUGACUGCAUUUGAAACCUUUGCUUUUUUUGUAGCAACUGGCAAGUCUUGAUUUAUAACCAGGGUAUCAACACCACAAUUCCAGACCCAUCAGAAAAUCCAUGGUCUGGUAGCUAUAGUCACAUGAUGGUAGCGAAUGGUUCCAGGGUAUUUUUCACAAUAGAAUGGAGAUUCGAUACACUGUGUAACAUGUGAUGGUCGUGAGUAUGCCCUCAAGCAGAUUGAAGGAACGGGUAUAUCAAUGUCAGCAUGCAGAGAGAUAGCACUGCUACGAGAGUUAAAGCAUACCAAUGUGAUCAGUCUACAGAAAGUGUUCCUUUCCCACACAGAUAGAAAAGUCUGGCUAUUGUUCGACUACUCCGAACAUGAUCUUUGGCACAUCAUUAAGUUCCACCGGUCUGCUAAGGCCAACAAAAAGGUGGUCAAUGUGCCAAAGAACAUGGUGAAGUCACUCCUCUUCCAGAUUCUAGAUGGGAUCCACUACCUCCAUGCUAACUGGGUGCUACACAGAGAUCUGAAACCAGCCAAUAUCCUUGUGAUGGGAGAAGGGACAGAACGAGGCAGAGUGAAAAUAGCUGACAUGGGUUUUGCCAGACUGUUUAACUCUCCCUUGAAGCCCCUUGCUGAUCUUGACCCUGUUGUUGUGACCUUCUGGUACAGAGCACCGGAACUUCUACUCGGGGCUAGGCAUUAUACAAAGGCGAUAGAUAUCUGGGCAAUAGGUUGUAUAUUUGCUGAGCUUUUGACGUCGGAACCAAUUUUCCACUGUCGGCAGGAAGACAUCAAAACCAGCAACCCAUACCAUCAUGAUCAGCUGGAUAGGAUAUUCAAUGUGAUGGGCUUCCCACAAGAUAAAGAUUGGGAAGAUAUACGAAAAAUGCCAGAACAUCAACAGUUGCUUAAAGACUUUAAGAAGACCUCGUAUGUGAAUUGUAACUUAAUGAAGUAUAUGGAGAAACACAAGGUGAAGUCGGACAGCAAAGCAUUCCAUUUGUUACAGAAGUUGCUGACGAUGGACCCGACCAAGAGGAUAACCUCAGAACAAGCGAUGAAGGACCAGUACUUCCUGGAGGAGCCUCUCCCAUCACAAGAUGUGUUUGACGGGAUGAGUAUUCCCUACCCAAAGCGUGAGUUCAUCUCUGACGAUGACAACGACGACAAGGCUGAUACAGGGAAGAUGGCUGACAAGGUGAAGCUUGGUGCUGGGCAGAAAGUAUACAAAGUACAGGGUGGUCACAAAUUCUAUCACAUGCAAGCAAACAACUGUCUACAGUACCCAUCUCAAGCCGGACAGACUGACCAAUCAUCUGGACACAAUCAACCACCGGCCAAGAAAGUCCGAGUUAUGCCACCUUCAACAACAAGCAGUAACAUGGUUCACAACAUGCACGGCCAGCAACAGCAAGGGAUGGCCUUCUCCACCAACAACACCCAGACGUCCUCCUCAGGCUCAACCUACAUCAGAUAUUGACAGUCUGAUACACAGUACAUGAUGCUGUGUAGUGGGAGCACAUGAACAAUACAAGCCAAGGACACUUUGUUGUUCUCCCAGGUAUCCUCGCCUGCUUCGGAAGGAUUCGGAAAGAGGAGACUGAUUUGCUGCUUGAUGAAUGAUUGUGUAGUCCUACCUUAUGUUGUUGUCUUUGGUUGGGGUACAUAGUUCCACAUUGAUGGGCAUUCUUACCACCAGGAUCAGUUUGAUAUGCUGGGGUUAUGUAUAUUUGUUGAUUUCAAAGAUCUAAAUAUUGUUUGGUACACUUUCACAAGCAGUAGAAACACACAGCCAAGUGUCAUGUGUGCGUACUAGUUACAAAACGUGGUCACACUGGAAGAAAACCAAGGGUUUGAUGAUGAAAUAAUCCUGUAGUAUUUUGAUGGUAAGCAACUGUAUACAGAUUUCAACACAUAAUUAUGAUUAUAUCAGAGGCCUUACUUUCAGGAUAUGUAACAACAGUUCUACAUUUAAGGAUACACUGAAUUUGAAUAAGAACUGUACAAGAAUCAUUGAAACAAAGUUGUCUCUUGUAGAACAUUUUGUUGUGAGAAAGAGAAUGGUAUUGCUGAAAAUUUGAUCUGCCAGGGAUAUUUUUUUCUUGUAUCUUACUCUUGAUAUGUGUUCAAAAAUGUUUCUAUAUGAUUUAAAACAUCAGUUAAUCUUGAUAAAAAAUAGUAUUACUUCCUUAAUUCAGGGUGGACAAGCAUUUCUUGUGUUUGGGAGAUGGUUCCAUUUUGGACAGCUAGGCCACAUUUUUUUAAUUUUAUGUUUCACAGAUUUAUUCCAGCUUUUCCACACAAGGGCAUUCAAAAUGAAAAUAAAAAUAAAUUGCUAUAUCAAUCAUUUAUUUAUAUGAUAGCCUGUGAAACAAAAAAUAAAAACUGUGUGGCCUUAGUUGAUUAACCACGGCAUUAAUUCAUAACACAUCACAUUAGCCACAUAUUAAAGUAUCUUCUGAAUGUUUUCUUCAACCUCUUGUGAGUCUGUCCCAGUUUUCAUGCUUGUUUUGAGCAUUGCAAUGUUACUUUGAUGUGUGACUGUUUCGUAUGGCAAAAGAGGUUGUUGUGGUAAACAAUUUUGUGAAACACUACAUUAGAUUUAUUUCAAUGGACAUACAGUGAAACUGUUAGUCUGGAGACCAUUCCAGAAACACCACCUUCUGGAUCACCUUGAUGGGAAGGUCUGUUUUAUUAUAAAAGAACAGAACUCCAUGAUUCAUAAGUCUGAAAAUUCACAAUGUAUGGUGCAUCUGCCCAGAAGGUAGUCUACUCUUCACCUGGCUGUCCACUGAAUUUGAGAAACAAUGAGUCGCUUACAGGGGGACUAUGCUCCACCAUAUGGUGCCAAUAUCUGGCUGUUAUAGAUGUAACUUGGUUAUGCAAGAUUGGCAUACUCACAAUUUGAUUUCGUAGACAAAGAAAGUCGCUUUUGAAUGCCUUGAAUCAGACUUGCAAGGUUUGCCAAUUGGCCUUAAAACUAGUCCCCCUUGAAAUUGUUCACCAGUAGGUUUCUGUCUACAUAUCAUAAAAGGAAAGUGUUUUGUGUUAUAUGGUACAAGUGAAGAAUGCAAAGUUCCGAUUUUAGUUAUUACUAUUUUAUGUUUCUUUGCUAUCAGACAACCUUCUUGAAAGAGACAAGAUCUGAUCAGAACUUCUGAUUCUUGUUGUCUUAUCAUCUUAAGAGCUUGUUGGAUAGCGCAGUAGAUAUUGCUUUUCAUACAGCUGAAGGAUGUGAUCUCCCAAUCCAUUAAAGGCUUCAUCCUGUGCCUAUUAGUCUCACAGAUGAUGCUGACUAAUGACUUUAUCUGGACAACUGUUCACCUCCAAUGCGAUGAGUUAGGAACUUCUUUAUUGUCCACAUGUUGUUCUGAUUUUACACAAAAUUGAACACCAGUGUUACUAGCUUCAUUUGAAAUAUGAAUAAAUCAAAUUGUAAUGUUUAGCAUUAAACCAUUCAUAAAUAUAUUUUCUUACAAAAGUAAAAAGGCCAUUUGAGAAUGACGGCUGUUCAGAUAUGACACUAAAUGGCACACCAGGGUUACCAGCAUAUAUUUGAAAGUGAAGUUUGUCAAAUUGUAAUACUUGAGGUAAGACCAUACUAAAAGAGGUCUUUUUGAAAUGUAAUUAAGAAUAUGUUGAGGAUGAAAGCUGAAUUGUAUGAGUUUUUUCAAAGGAUAUGAACAUGAGGGAGCACUUAUCCACACUGUACCUCAGCUUUAACAAAUAACCCAAAUAGAUAAAUGAAUUAGAUUAAUAGUGAAAUGAACCAUACCAUAACUGUCGUAUUUGAUAUAAAUUAUUAUCCUAACUUGCUCUUAACUACUCAAGCCACAUGCCCUUAUGUUCAAUUACAUGCUAGAUUGCACUUUUCUAUUUUACAUACGACAAACAAACGUAUGUUCAUCACACCAUGAUUAUGUGUUAAGUGCUACAGGGUUUUGGAGAGGCUUAAUUGUUGUGAGGGAAGGGACCUGUGCAGGAUUGUUCUUCAUGGUGUGGAAAUAUGUGUGGGACGCUAUGAAUCUGUACAUACUAAUAGGAAUAAAGAUGUAUCAGAUAGCC